AUGAGUAAUGAAUACAGUGAUGCUGAUUAUAUUGGAUUUAGAAUAGAAAUCCCAAAGACUGCUGAACUUGGACCAAAAAAGAACUCUUGCCACAGAGAAAGCUCCUAUAAACCAGUUUAUAUGAAGAAUGUAGGUAUUUCUACACAUAAAAUGGAUCUGGAGUUUACUCCUGAAAAGAAGGGAAUCAAUAAUACUAAAUUAUAAGCAGAAGAACAAGGUCAAUAAACCCCAAACAAAAGCAGGACAGAUGUCUGGCAUGGAGUAUUGAGAAAAGAGUGAAAUACAAUAAACUCAGUGUUACCAACAAUAAUUUCUAUCAAAAAGAAAAUCCAAGAAUUAGCAGAAAGGAGAAGGAAAGAAAAGGGAGUGUGGGGAUUAACUGAUUUCUCCAUGAAACUAUUGAUAGAAAUAAGUUACCCAAUCAAGACAGUGAAAAUGAUGAAACGAUCGUGGCCUUAGAUGAGACUAGAGAGACACCUAAGCACACUCAUAUCAUUUGAACAAAUAUCAAGACGAUUUCUAAGCGUUCCCCCGCUUCAAGCUGUGAAAGAGAAUCAAGAGAGAAGUCCAUGAGCAGGAUUGCUGCUUAUGAUGUAAAAUUCUUGCAACCGAAACCGAAAAAGAAGUUAAAGGAACCUAGGGAUUUCCAGGGAACCAAACUACCGAAAUACGGGAAUAACCUGAGCCUCAAGAUCUUAAGAGAUACUAUCAAUAGAAAAUAAGAAGCUUCAAUAUUUGGAGAAUAAAGUCAGUGGGAUCUUGAAUAAAGAAAAGCCUCCAGUUUUACCAAGCAUGAAAGGGAGCAUUAGUAUUUCUCCUGGGAAAUCAAGCAUUGGGAAAAAGACUUGCUAUAAACUCAUUGUUCCUGAGCCAGAUUUGCUCAAGCAUAAGGAGUUACGAAGGAAGAGUAAAGAGAAGAACCUAAGUAGUAUUCUUCCCCGACCAGAUAUAAAAUCAAAUUGCAAAUUUAUAACCUCUCGGACUCUCUAUAACAGGAGCAUCUCUGUUAGGAGUUCAGAUAAAUUUGGCAAGAACCAGGACAUUGACUUUAAGAGUUUCAUGAACAUGUUCAGAGGGGCCAAGAACAAAUCCUAUAUGCAGAGAAAACUAGGAUUGACACAAACAAGACAUAAGACUCCUAAUAGUUAUGCAAAUACUAUUCUAAACAAGAGUAAAGCCCAUCACAAGUCUAUAAAGAUCUAUGGAAUCAAUCCUUCAGAGGCAGGGCAAGUGGACAAGAGCAUUCAAGGUACUAUUUACAAGUCCACACCUAGGGGUGCAUGGCAAAGAAGAAAGGACUCUAGCUAUGGGAUUGACUCCCCCGCCGAUAAAUUGAGGUAAUCAAGC